AUGAAUAUGGAAGGUUGUCCACGUCUUCCUGCUAUAUAUUUUGAUUUAAAAUUAUCUCUAGAAUCAGUUGACUUAUGCGAAAAGAUUCCGAAUUACAUUACGGCUAACUAUCAGGAAAACGGUGCCAAUUUUUCUAGUGAAUGUGAACAAAUAAAUCAUCUGCGUGAACAUGCCAUUAACUGUUCAAUAGACGAAUCUAGCGUACGUUGUCUUAAACGUUAUUUUUGCCAAUUGCAAUUACUACGGAAUCGUUUUCCUAUGCUACCUGAUACAGAAUGUUGUGUUCGAUUUACAUGGGAAGACGGAUUUCAAAAAGAUGAAAGUACAUGUAAUGAUAUUCGGUUUGAAGAAGCUUCUAUUUUAUAUAAUAUUGGAGCAAUAUAUUCAAGACUAGGUGCCAAUGAAACAAGAAAAACUCACGAAAGUUUGAAAAAUGCUUGCACUUAUUUUCGUUAUGCUGCUGCAUGUUUUGAAAAACUACGUGAUCAAUAUACGCCGUAUUCGGUAGAUUUUACUCCGGCCUUGUUAACAUGUCAAGUUGACAUUCUUUUGGGUCAAGCACAUGAAGCUGUUCUUGAAAAAUCUUUUUUGGAUCAACGACCACAUUCAGUUAAUGCGCAUGUAGCAAUGAAAAUCUCAGAUUAUUAUCAAAUGGCACUUUUGAAUCUCAUGAAAACAGAAAUCGCUUCCAUUGUAUCGAAAAGAUUUCGCGAAUGGCGUGUUACUCUAAUAUAUAAAUCAUCAUAUUAUCUCGCAAUAACAUAUUAUUGCAAUGGUCUAAUAGCAGAAGACAAUAGAAAACAUGGUGAAUGCGUUUGCUACUAUGAAAAUUCUAUUGAACGACUUACCAAUGGAUGGAAAACGGCGGAGAAAAUUUCAACAGAUAAAACAAACGCAUAUAAAGAAGCAAAUACGUUUACCAAUGAUAUGAUCAUGAGAAAAUAUAAAAUAGCCAAACGUGAUAAUGAUAAUGUUUAUUUUGAAAAAAUACCUGCAUUAUCAAGUCUACCAAGCGUACAAGGCGCCAUUGUUGCUAAAUCGCAAGCCUUCGAUUGUCAUGAUCCGGAUGUAUCUGGGCCGGAUAUCUUUCGAAAAUUAAUACCAAUGGCUAUACAUUUAGUCGUAUCGGAAUAUAGUGAAGAAAAAGCAAAUCUUUUACGUGAAAUAGUUGAACUAACAGAUAAUAAAAGUCAAGAACUCGAAAAAUUUAUGAAUUGCUUACAAUUGGAUCGUAUUCCGCUAAAUUAUGAGUAUCUUCGUUUACCACGUGAAUUACUCGAUUGUUGUGCUACUGUUGCUAGCCGCUCAAGUAUGCCUAAAGAUUUGGUUUCAGCAAUGCAACAACUUGAUAGUCAACACCAUGCAGUAACCGAACAGAUCAAUGAGUUCGAGCAAUUACUUGAAACGCUCGAACAAGAUAAUGAUUCAAUAAAAUCCAACAAAGAAUAUCAAGAUUUACAAGCAAAUCUUAGAACUAUUCGCGAAAUGCUGUUACAAGCAAACGAAAGUAAUACCGACUUGCAACAACAUAUGACAACAAUCAUCGAACAUUUGAAAAUUCUGAAUUCACCACUUGAACAAAUAGAAAAAACUCUGCCGACGAUAGCUGAACUCGAUGAUGAAAUAAACAAACCAAAACUUGCAUCACUGGCGCUAUUGAUUGAAAAAGUUGAAACAAUGAAAAAACAACGUGAAUCAUUACUAAACGAUUUUCGUAAAAAAAUUCAGGAUGACGAUAUAACAACAUUUGUUCUCAUGCGACGACAAGAAAAUUAUAAAAAUUUAUUUUCUGAACAAUUAAAAAAACAUGAAGAAUUCGUUAAAAUUAUCAAACAAAAUUGUGCAGCACAAGAUAAUAUUUUACAUUCAUUAACAGGAGCCAAUGCAAACAUUGCUGGCAUACGAACAAAACUUUCAACUACAUUGGAAAAUCGUCAUCGAUUGAUUCAAGAAUAUAUAAAUUCAUUUAAAUUAUUUGACGAAACUUUAUCAAAAUCUAAUGAAGGAAUUGAAUUCUAUAAAAAGCAAAAUGAAAAAUUAAAUUCACUAAACGAACGUCUUAAAACUUUAGAAUCGCAACCAUUACCGAAAACUCAAUUGAACACGAAAGUAACAUCUGAAUACAAUACAUUCAGCCAAGAUGUCAAUUCGCCUGCUAUUCCUGAUCGACUACGUCUUAAGGAUUAUUUAGAUGCUAUGAAAUCUGAAACAUGGAGCCCACGAACAACAAAUCGGUCAUCAAUAAAAAUUGAAGAAACUAAGUUUAUACAACCGACAGCGCCAACUCUCAAUGCGAACAAUAGUUUUUAUCCUGAUCGAAUAUCAUCACCGUCAGCCGGUCCUCUAUAUUCAAAUCUGCCAGAACAAACAUACACAAAUCAGCCAACAUUUAAUUCGAAUACACAUCAUCAAGUACAAUCAUUAUUACCUUUGCCAAAUGCAAAUUUGAUAUCAUAUCAAAAACUGUCUCAUAAUCAAUCGAAUACAUUCAAUCAGAAUUCCACUUUAUUUGCUCAAAAUUUCAAUGCUCGACCUCCCAUGUCUUAUAGCAAUGUUAAUACUCAACCAUUUCCUCAACAACAACAACAACAGCGAUUUUAUUCUUCGCAAGCAUUUCAACUUCAACAGCCAGUUUAUCAACCGUUCUUAAAUCAACAGCCAACACUACAAAAUUUCUCAAUUCAUCGCGCAGAUUCGCAAUAUCCAUCCACUUAUCAGAGCCGAAAUUUCAGUGAUUCCAAUCGUACUAUUCAACAACCUUUACCACCGUUGCCAACUAAAUUCGACCCCUAUCGUCCGCAGCCCAUUGGUGCAUAUGACAUUCCAACAACACAACAAACAACGUUGCAACCGCCGUCUCUUAUUCAAUAUCAAGAUAUUUACCGUCCAGACGGUUUGCUAGGACUAAACCAAACAUAUAUGCCAUUAGCCACAUCAAUGAAUAAUGAUCGAAAUCCACUUGUUCAACAUAAUCCAGCUUCGUCUACUCCUAUCGUCUCUUCGUUUUCUAAUUUAUCAAUUAAUUGA